GUGCCCAUGAUGUGGUUCCAGUUUGGCCUCACAUGACAAAAUACUGAGGCAGGAACAGAGUGGCUCAGCACUUUUCUGAAAGUCAGAACGACCGAGGAGCGACUCAGUUAGCCUAGCUUUUGGCGAUAAAAAAGAGGACGCUACUUCCGUGUCGUCAAUGUAAGUAGUAAAAUAAAGGAGAUAGCUAGAGUAUGUGUGUACAUUUCAUAGCGUCAGACUCAAGAAGUGGUUUUCAAUAGUUCGAGAGAAAGAGAAAGAGCCGACGUCAUGGAUCGCCUGUUCGGAGGUGGCAAGAAGAAGGCCCCGCCCCCCAAUCUCACGGACUGCAUCAACAACGUGGACAGUAGGUCAGAGUCCAUCGAGAAGAAGAUCUCCAAACUGGACCUGGAGCUCAAGAAGUACAAAGACCAGAUGGCCAAGAUGAGGAACGGCCCGGCCAAGAAUGCAGUCAAGCAGCGGGCGCUGAGGAUCCUGAAGCAGAAGAAGAUGUACGAGAACCAAAUGGAGGGUCUGCGAAACCAGUCGUUCAACAUGGAGCAGACCAACUUUUGCCACGCAGCAGCUGAAAGACACAAAGACGACCGUUGACGCCAUGAAACUCGGCGUGAAGGAGAUGAAGAGAGAGUACAAGAAGGUGGACAUUGGGAAGAUCGAGGAUCUUCACGAUGAGAUGGGGGACAUGUUGGAGCUAGCUGGGGAGGUACAGGAGACCCUGGGCCAAGCCUACGGUCUCCCUGACGACAUUGACGAAGACGAUCUUGAAGCAGAAUUAGACGCACUGGGUGAUGAUUUCCUCGCCGACUCGGAGGACACCUCGUACCUCGAUGCGGUCUCCGCCCCAGACCCGCCCACUGGGGUACCCCAAGACUCCACCACCGGGAAGAGCAAGACCCAGAGCGGAGUAAAACUCGACGAGUUUGGACUCCCCGAACUCCCCAAUUAGAGCACACCAGGUCCCUGCAUUACUACAUACGUUUCACGGUGAAUAUGAAUGUGUCAAAUACAUUGUGAUUGUCAAUGCAUGAUUUUUUCAAGACUUUUUAUUUGUUUUUAAACAAGUUGUCACCACAAAAAAUUGUGCCAGUGGGCCAUCAAAAUUUGUCUUAGAAGUGAGGCAUGGAUCGAAGAUUUGCAGCUGCCUUAGUGGCAAGUUUGUUGAUAUUUGCCAGGAGGUCUUUCCCGUGCACCAUCAAUACUUCACCACUUUGUCCAUCGGGGCGUUCAGAAGUGGGUGUCGUGUCAGAUACUCUUUCCCUUCCGUCUUCCAUUCCUCUGCGGUUAGAGUCUGUUUCCUCUUGCUGUGUCAGCACCUGAGCCAUGGAAGUAUUUAUGUAAGUGGGUUCUGUGUCGUUGGGAGAGGGUGAGGUGUGAGGGGAGGAGGAGGGAGAGACGGAAUCAGCCGGAGUGACCUGAAAGUAGGAUCUGGAGAAAGACACUGUUGUAUUGGCCGUUACCCCGCCACUACUGCCAGUUGAGUGAUGAGAUGAAUAGUCUGCUGGUAGAGCUGAUGGACGUGGCUUUUCCACGCACAGCCUCUUAUCAGCCUGAGGUGCCGUGUAAUAUGCCACUGGACCUUGUCCCUCGCUCG